UCAAGUACACGUCAGCGCGACAGAAGCGUAUGAUUUUCGGAAAUAAAGCGUGAGAGAUCUCACGUCGCUUGUGGUCGUUUAAAUGGACCUAAUGGACAGUCCUCUGAACCGCGCCCAUCUGUGCGGCAGAAAGGCAAACCGGUUGGUAGCGCAAGAGAAUUACAAGGAGGCAAUUUUAUGCCAUGGAGAGGCAGCAGAUCUGCUGAAAGUUGCCUUAUUGAUGACACAAAAUGAGCAGGUCAAGCUCUCUCUUGAACUCCAGAGAGGCAGACAUCUUCAGCAGCAGCGCCUGAUCAGAGACACUUGGAAAAAGGGAAAGCUUGCAAAAAAGCCUUCCAUCUACACAAAGGAGACACCACUACCACCCACCCAAUCUCCCCCUGCCACCCUAACAACAAGCCCAAAAGCCAUCUGGUGUGUCGCCCAAGAAUCUCCACAAGGGUGUAAAGCAGCCAAAGAUGACUGCACUCGGCUGGAGGAGCAGAGCAUGGCCAUUGCUGACCUUAGGAAGGCUUUGGCUGUCCUGCUGAAAGAGAAUGAAAAGUUACUGGAGGAAAAUGAGAGCCUGAAAGUAGAGAAUGCUCGGCUAAAGAGAGACUCCUAUACGGACCAGCAGUCUCCUCUUUUAACUCCGCUGCUCAACUCUGUUGAGGCCACUCAGUGGCCACUCCUACUGGACCUGCCACUUUUACAUCUGCCUCCUGACCUCCAGGAGGAAAUACGGCUGUUGUGGGAGUGUUCUGCUGGACACAGUGAGGUUUAUACCUAAAGUAUGAAUGUUUGAAAUAGACUGUGGUUUAUUUGCUUUAGUGUGCAUGUACUAGGGGUGUGAAAUUACAUUGAUCUGAAGGUGGCGACUGAGCUGCAUGGAUUUAAGAUUUCAUGAUGAAUAGUUCCCUGCAAAGUCACAAUUUGAUCAGGUCAUUGUGCGGUCAGAGAAAUACUUCCCUUGUAGGUAUGUUAAAGGCAUACAUUGUUUUGCAAAUCAGCAGCCUUUCUGUUUUAAACACACAAUGAAAAUCCGCAUGAAAGAUACUGUGAUAUCUGCACUACUGAACAGACACUCAGGCUAUGGGGCACAGAAUGCUAUACUGUUGAUUUGUCAUUAUAGCAUGAUUAUAAUCAUGAUUUCAUAGAAAACGUUCUAUUCAUAAAAAUGCACAUAAAAACGGCCUUUGGCUCAGUGUGAAAAUAAA